AUGUCGCUACCGUCGCUAUCCAAGAAGGAUCAAAUCAACAUUGUCGGUGCCGGAAUCUUUGGCCUAUCCACUGCCUUACACCUAGCCCGACGCGGCUACAAGUAUGUCACCGUCUUCGACAAACAGCCCUACGACACGACACUAUACUCCUACUUCAAGGGCUGCGAUGGUGCUUCCGCAGAUAUCAACAAGAUCAUCCGUUCUGCGUACGGCUCGCAGACUGAAUACCAACAACUAUCCACGGAAGCAAUCGCGUCCUGGAAACAGUGGAACUCCGACUUGGAGAAUGGCUUCGAUCUACCGGAGGGCAUGUCACGCGCGGACAGGGUAUUCAUCCAGUGCGGUAGCCUGAGUUUGACGGAUGGGGAUGAGCUACCAGAGUUUGAGAAAGCUACGAUCAAGAACAUGGAAGACGCGGGGCACAAAGACACUCAGCUGAUUACUACGAACCAAGAGCACCAGACGAUUGCUCAAGCAAGAGGCAUGGGCUCGGCGAUGGAUCCUUUCUUGCGGGAAAAGAGGGGUAAGUCGAAUGUUGGCGUCCUAGAUGCUACUGGCGGUGUCGCAAUAGCGGAUAAAGCAUGCAGGGUGGCUUUGCAAAAGGCACGGAAUCUUGGCGCCAGAUUCGUCUUUGAUCCAUCCGCUGGUGCAUUUGACAGGUUCAUGACCACUUCCGGCGGAGACGUUAUCGGUAUACAGACCAAGGACGGCAAAAGACAUCCUGCCAGGCUUACGAUCAUGGCAUGCGGCGGUUGGACGCCUUCACUCCUCCCGGAAUUGGACGGCCUGUGCGAAGCCACGGCCGGGUCAGUCAUCAUAUACAAGAUACCGCGCGCCUCGUCUUUAUGGGAAAGGUUCUCUCCUGAACGAUUCCCAACGUGGCUUUGGAAAGUGCGAGAUGGAGCUGAAGGUGGUUUAUACGGCUUUCCAAGGGACGAGAACGGUUAUCUUAAGAUCGGAUACCGUGGGACAAAGUACACCAACCCAGAACGGCAGGAAGAUGGAAUCGAGCGAAGUGUACCUAUAACAAGAUGGACGGAAGAUCAUCAGUUGAGAAAGAUUCCCUCGCAGGCUAUGAAGGUUUUACGUCGAUUUAUCGCAGAGUACAUGCCCGAGCUUGAGGAUGAGGGUCUUGAGAUCGAAACGACGAGAGUUUGUUGGUACACAGAUUCAUUCGACAACCACUUUGUCAUAGAUCAUGUUCCUGAAAAGCGGGGGUUGUUUGUGGCGACGGGGGGAAGUGGGCAUGCGUUCAAGUAUCUACCCAAUAUUGGUAACUGGGUUGUUGAUGCAAUUGAGGGAAUUGGCCAGGAACGCGCAGCCAUUCAGGCGUGGCGGUGGCGUGAUCUCGGCGACCAAAAAGCCUUCAAUGUGCUCAUGGAAGGCACCAAAGGCGCUAGGGCAUUAGGAAAUGUCUCACUCAUAGACGAGCAUGAAGAAACCCGGGCUAAACUAUAG